AUGAUUGUAAAGAAGAACAAAAACCAUGCAAAGCCCGGCGAUCCCCAAGCAUACCAUGAAGAGCUAAUAAAUGAAAAGAAGAAGAAGAAGAAGAAGGCGUUAAAGAAGAAGAAGGAGCUAAAGAAGUUGAAAAGGUUAAAGAAGAUGAAGAGGCUGAUGUCGAUGAUGGCGAAGAAGUUGAAGAAAAAGAUGAUGAUGAUGGUGAUGGGGAAGGAGAAGGAGAAGGAGAUAAAGAAGAAGGAGAAGAAGAUAAAGAAGCAGAAGAAGAAGAAGCAGAAGAAGAAGAAGAAGAAGAAGAAGAA